AUGGACAAACUGCACGAUUACCAGGGUUGGACGGGACGGUUCCACGAGAUUAAGGAACGGGUUCGAGCUAGACAUGCGGCGUGGCGUGAAACGCGAGGAGGAGCGGGAGCAGGAGCAGGAGGAACCGGAAGUGGAUUAGGAGCGUAUCUGCGUGAAAGCAUUCGGACACCCAACCAACGUCAGGACGCCGAGGGAAAUGUGGACUUUUCGCACAUUUAUCGCAAAAAGACCCGCCUGGAGCUGAUCCGCGUGUCGGCCGCCGUAAUGGGCAUCGAGUUUUCGUACGCAGCCGAGACGGCCUUCGUAUCGCCCACGUUGCUCAAAAUUGGCGUCCAACAUCAGCACAUGACGCUGGUGUGGUGCCUCUCGCCGCUGGUGGGCUUCUUCCUGACUCCGGUGCUGGGCUCGUUGAGCGAUCGCUGCAAGAGCAACUACGGCCGGAGGAGACCGUUCAUCUUUCUGCUUUCGGUGGGGGUCCUGCUGGGGUUGCUGUUGGUUCCGAAUGGGGAGGAUUUGGGGUACGCGUUUGGGGAUGUUGAUCCUUAUGCAGGGAAUGGUACGUUGCCGGUGCAGAGCGUGUUGCCUCAUCGAGCGACCGCGCUGGAAGCUGAGGAAACGAGCGAGGAAGUGCUGACGAGACCAAGUCAUCCGUGGGCGAUCUUCUUUACGAUUCUUGGGACUGUAAUGCUGGAUUUUGACGCCGACGCGUGCCAGAGUCCGUCGAGGGCUUAUCUGUUGGAUGUUACUAUUCCGGAGGAUCACGCCAGGGGAUUGUCUACGUUUACGAUCAUGGCAGGACUGGGUGGAUUUAUGGGAUAUUCAUUGGGUGGAAUCAAUUGGGACGAUACAGCUAUCGGUAGGGCGUUUGGUGGGCAUGUACGAGCCGUCUUCUCACUGAUCACGAUCAUAUUCAUUCUGUGCGUAUCGUUCACCAUCACAAGCUUCAGCGAAAUCCCACUGUGGAUACUGGAAGAAGAAAUCGAACGACAAUGCUCUCCAACGGAAACUGGAAGCAAGGAACAACCCCCGCCACCACAGCUCGUACGAUCCUCGAGCGAACACGAACCACUGGAGAAGAUCGAGUCUUCCGCAUCGUACGGAACCGUCGAAGAAGAACACAUGCUUCAUGCCCCUCAGAAUCACCAGCGUAGAUUCACAAUGCCAGCUCCAAACACCAAACGAGACUACGACGUCCUGCCAGGGGAAAACUGCGCCGAGACUUCGUUCAAUAAGAACGUUGAUCCGGUCACGUUGGAAGCCGAUCUUACCUCUAAAGGUGAAGUCGUAACGCUGUCAAUGUACCUAAAAUCGAUCAUUUUCAUGCCUCACUCGUUGCGAAUGGUUUGCCUGACGAAUCUGUUCUGCUGGAUGGCCCACGUCUGCUACUCGCUGUACUUUACGGACUUUGUCGGCGAAGCAGUCUUCGAGGGGAACCCGCAGGCGCUGGACGGAUCCGCCGAGUACAUCCGGUACGAGGAGGGCGUCCGCUUCGGCUGCUGGGGUAUGGCCAUGUACUCGCUGUCCUGCGCGUGCUACUCGCUGGUGAUCGAGCGGCUGAUCAAGCGCUUCCGGGCUCGCAAGGUGUACAUCGGCGGACUGCUGUUCUACUGCUUCGGCAUGACCAUGAUGGCGCUGACCAAGCACCGAGUCGGGGUGAUCUUGUUCAGCUGGACGGCCGGGGUGAUGUACUCGACGCUGUUCACCAUGCCAUACCUGCUCGUGGCGCACUAUCACUCGGAGGGGAUCUUUGAGGAAAUCAACCCCGAGGAUCAGCCGAAGGAGAAGGUAGUGAGAGGGCUCGGCACCGACGUGGCGAUUGUCAGUUCGAUGGUCUUUUUGGCACAGUUUAUCCUCUCGAUCUGUAUGGGCACGAUCGUGUCCUGGACGGGAACCACGACGGCCGUCGUGAGUGUGGCGGCCUUUCUCAGCUUCUGCGGUGCCAUCGCGGCCACACAGGUUAUGUAUUUGGACUUGUAAGGAGGAACGGAAAGAAAAACAACAACGAGUAACCCCAACACACACACACACACGAAAGUAUCUGCUUAGUGCUUCAUGUAUUCGCGAUCAUGAUAUUCAAUAAAUAUAAUCUCAAAGAUAUUUAGCUUACACAAUAAAAAUAUUAUGUGGACGGA